CGCCCUCUGCACAGACGCCAGAUAAACACCGGUUUGCUGCCCGCCAUAAAUUCUCUUUGGCCCAUUGCGUUAACGUUGCUGUAAACAAGUAGAUUUUGGUUUCUCUUUCUGAUACAUAAUAACUUAAAAUGUCUGAUGACGGAUCAACGGCUGUUGAGAAGAAAGGACGCGGUAGACCUAAAUCCAAUGGGACACAAUCAGAGGCUAAGGGUGAUACCAAGAAAAGGGGGAGACCGCCAGCAGCUACCAGAACGAAGGAAUCUACAAAAUCAUCUGAUGAUGAACAAGCUCCAGUAGCCAAAAGAGGGCGAGGCAGGCCCAAGGGGUCUAAGAAAAAGGCAGCGGCUAAAGGAAAGAGUGCACCUGUUGAAGGAAGGGGCCGUGGCCGACCACGCAAGGACCCACCACCUAAAAAAGAUGCUGCCUCCACUGAAGAGGAACAGGACGAAGAUGAUGAGGAUGAAGGCUCUGAGGAGCAGUAAAUUGUGUUCUGUUUUCUGACAAAACACUCACUUAUAGUGUAAUUUGUUUGUCACGAUAACUCUUUUUGUGUGUGUUACUGCAAUUCACUCAUUUUGUUGUAGAUCUUUACAUUAUUGCAUAUAUUUGGUCUAAGCCUUUUGGAUAAUAAAGCACAUAGGGUUAUCAUGACAGUACAAAAUUCUCAUCUGAGAUUGUCCACCCAAAUUUGAAUCACGUGAGACAAAAGGAAGUUAUUUCAAAUCGAAUAGCUGCUUAAGAUAUUCUUCUGUGUGUGAUGACAAUGCAUUUACUUGAAAUACUUUAGCAAAUUAAAGAUUUAUCUCACUUGAAUAAAUUUGGGCUGACUUAGCUCUCCCUAGAAACGUACAACUUUUAAGAAUUAAUUUGUAAGAUCCUUUUUUGUAGAGUUUAUUCAAAUAGGUAUUUUGUAAUCUCUUGAUUUGUAAUUCAUACAAUUAUGUAGAUUUAUGAUUUUGACUUUAAAGUCAAGUAUUAUUUUAUAAAUAAAUAAAUAUUAUGUUCACUUUUUGAAACUUUUUUUCCCUUAUUGUAUUUAAUAUUUAGUUACACUGGUAAUAUUUGUGAAUGAUGUUACUAUCCAUAUUGUGUUCUUGAUUGUCACUUGGCAUGUAGCUGUUCCACAAACUAGCAUCAUUAGUGGUGUGAGUAGUGCCAUUUGUAUCAACUUUUUUUACAUUUGGGCAGACUGAACUUGUUUUUAUUGACAUUGUGUGUAUGUGCGUGAAUGUACAAGUUUAGAACAAAAUAUAAAUCUAUGAAAUCCA